GGCCGCUUUCAUUUUUCUUCCUGGACGGAGAGCCUGGAGCACUCGGGAGAGCAGUACGCAUGCGCGCCGUGUCCGGCCGGCCAGGAACUCACGCUUGGUGCCCCUUGUCGUACAGCUUCCUCUCUGUGCUCGAGGAUAAAGUGUGACCCCCUUAUCGGGCUCGAUGUCCCCGGCGCCGAGCUCGGGCCCCCCAGCGUGCUUCGGCCGGUGAUGGUGAGGAACCGAGUGCAGCGGCUGCUGACUGCAAUCAAUAGGAGGAUGAUGAAGCUGCUCAUUGCACUCGCCCUGAUCGCCUAUGUAGCCUCUGUUUGGGGAAACUUUGUCAACAUGAGCAGGUCAAUUCAGGAAACUGGGGAACAAAAAAUGGAAAAGCAAUUAGAAGAGUUUAUUGCACCUUUGAGGGAGAAGAUACGAGAUUUAGAAAAAAGUUUUACACAAAAAUAUCCACCUGUGAAAUUCUUAUCUGAAAAGGAUCGAAAAAGAAUACUGAUAACAGGAGGUGCGGGAUUUGUGGGCUCCCAUCUCACCGACAAGCUAAUGAUGGAUGGUCAUGAGGUCACAGUUGUAGACAACUUCUUUACGGGUCGGAAGAGGAAUGUGGAACACUGGAUUGGGCAUGAGAAUUUUGAGCUGAUUAAUCAUGAUGUCGUUGAGCCACUUUACAUUGAAGUGGAUCAGAUAUACCACUUGGCAUCUCCUGCAUCUCCUCCAAACUACAUGUAUAAUCCAAUAAAAACGCUUAAAACGAAUACAAUUGGGACAUUGAACAUGUUGGGUUUAGCAAAACGUGUAGGGGCUCGGCUCCUUCUUGCAUCAACUUCAGAAGUAUAUGGAGAUCCUGAAGUACAUCCUCAAAAUGAAGACUACUGGGGACACGUCAAUCCCAUUGGUCCCCGAGCCUGCUAUGACGAGGGGAAGAGAGUGGCUGAAACUAUGUGUUAUGCUUAUAUGAAACAGGAAGGCGUAGAAGUCAGAGUUGCUCGGAUAUUCAAUACAUUUGGCCCACGCAUGCACAUGAAUGAUGGCAGAGUUGUCAGCAACUUUGUGCUGCAGGCUCUUCAGGGAGAAUCUUUAACUGUGUAUGGUUCAGGCUCACAAACAAGGGCUUUUCAAUAUGUCAGUGAUUUGGUGAAUGGUUUGGUGGCUUUGAUGAACAGCAACAUUAGCAGCCCUGUGAAUUUGGGAAACCCAGAAGAGCACACCAUCCUAGAAUUUGCCAGAUUAAUUAAACACCUUGUUGGUAGUGGAGGCGAAAUCACUUUUCUUUCAGAAGCUCAAGAUGAUCCUCAGAGGCGAAAACCAGAUAUCAGAAAAGCUAAAAUGUUGCUUGGUUGGGAACCAGUGGUCCCUCUAGAGGAAGGAUUAAACAAAACGAUCCACUACUUUAGCAAAGAACUUGAAUAUCAAGCGAACAAUCAGUAUAUCCCCAAGCCUAAGCCUGCAAGAAUAAAAAAAGGUAGAACACGACAUAACUGAACACUCCAUUAAGAGGAACUAUCUUGACGGUUUACAGGAUGUAAUUUUUAUUUCUCCUUUUCCCUUUGUUUCUUUUACAAGAAAAAAGAGACUUUUGAGAGGUAUCAUGAAGAAUAAAACUGGAAUUUCCCCUGAAGCUUGCUUUAAAGGAAUGGAUGUGCCUAAAUCAAACCGUGGGGACUGCAAACCUUGCCUUGCACUUUUCAAAUAUGUCUUUCUAUGUCCAGUAGAGUAGAGAACAUCCAGAAGGCACCACAUUUUAUAUAUCUUGCUGUGACUUUGUUUUUGCUGCGAUCUAUGGACAGUUUCCUUCAACCCUGGUGUUUGGGCGGUGGUUAGAUGAGCAUUGGCUUUCGAACCUUUACACACUCCUCCAAGCACAAGGGGUUUAAAUUACUGGUUUCGUCUUGAAGCUGAAGAUACAAGAUAUUGUAAACAGGACAAAAAAAUGCCAAUUUUAUUUAUAUAUGUUUAAAGAAGUGAUGGGUACUUUUAAAUGAGGUGUUAUUCUAUGCAUACAAAGGUUAGCCGUAUUGUCAGGAGUGUUGCACUGACAUCACUAUGUAUAGGUAAGCCCCUUAAGUGGUAUUAAGGGGUGAAGAGCCCGAGAUUUAUGUUGAGAAGCUUUAUAAUUUUUAUUUUUUUGGUUUUAAAUGAUUUUUUUUCUCUCUCAAGGUUUCAGCUAGCUGUACAUUUGAAUUUGAAAGCAGCUAUUAUAAAUAACAAUAUUUUCAAUCACUGCUGUGUUGUUGUGUAACAGAUACAAAAAAAUAAAAUAAGGUAUUAUCAUUUA